AUGCUAGACGGCAAAGUAGAAAAAUUAAAAGACAAUUAUUUACUAGUUGCCACUAGCCGACCCGAAACCAUUUUUGCUGAUGUGGCCUUAUUUGUUAAUCCGCAGGAUAAAAGAUAUCAAAAAUACAUCGGUCAGGAAGUCCAGCAUCCAAUAACCCAAAAAAUUAUUCCGGUUUUGGCUGAUGAAAAAAUAAUCAUUGAUUUCGGCACAGGAGUUUUAAAAUGUACUCCCGGACAUGAUUUUUUUGAUUAUGAAUUAGGAAAAAAAUAUAACUUGCCUUUGAUUAGUUGUUAUAACGAAAAAGGAAUUUUGAAUAAUUUAGCCGAACUUCAAGCACAAAAUAUUUGCCUAAAAAUUGAAACUUACCAAACUAACUUGGCAGUUUCUCAAAGAAGCGGAGCAACUAUUGAGCCUUUGCUUUCCACUCAAUGGUUUUGUGAUUUGCCACAAUUAAUUCAAAAAAUAGAAACCAAAAAUCCUGAUUUUUUAAGCAAAAUUAACUUUUGCCCUGUUCGCUUUCAACAAAUUAUUCAAGAUUGA